AGGCGGAGCCUCCGAGUCAGUUAGUCUGCUUCGGCUGAGGAAGGGAAAUAAAAAGUUAGAUGCGUUGGCGUAGUCUUACCAAUCUCCUUUCUCGCCACUUUUAAACAUUUUAUUUUAGUUAAAGUUGUAAAAAUCCAGACGAUAUGGGGAAUCGAGUGAGUCGAGAGGACUACGAGUGGGUGUACACGGACCAGCCGCACGCAGACCGGAGGAAAGAGAUCCUGGCCAAAUACCCUGAAAUCAAGUCUUUAAUGGGACCUGACCUGAGGCUGAAAUGGAUCGUGUCCGUGAUGGUGGUGAUACAGUUUUUAGCUUUCUACCUGGUCAGAGACUUGGACUGGAAAUGGGUUUUGUUUUGGGCAUAUGCGUUUGGCAGCUGCAUCAACCACUCGAUGACCCUUGCCAUUCAUGAGAUUUCACACAAUACUGCCUUUGGAAACAGCAAAGCCACGUGGAACCGCUACUUCGCCAUGUUUGCCAAUCUGCCUGUCGGCUUACCUUACUCUGCGUCCUUCAAGCGAUAUCACCUCGACCAUCACCGCUACCUGGGAGGGGAUGGUAUUGAUGUAGAUGUUCCUACUGAGUUUGAAGGCUGGUUCUUUUACACACGCUUUCGCAAGUUCAUCUGGAUUAUUCUUCAGCCCCUGUUUUAUGCUAUCCGCCCCCUCUGCAUCAACCCCAAACCUAUAACUCAGCUGGAGCUGACUAAUGUGGCCUUACAAGUUACCUUUGACGUCCUUCUGUAUUGGCUGUGGGGGGCGAAACCUGUGGUUUACAUGCUGGCUGGCUCCAUGCUGGGAAUGGGCUUGCACCCCAUCUCUGGCCACUUUAUUGCUGAACACUACAUGUUCCUCAAGGGCCAUGAAACCUACUCCUACUAUGGCUGCCUCAACCUGCUCACUUUCAAUGUGGGCUACCACAAUGAGCACCACGACUUCCCCAGCAUUCCAGGCCGAAGGCUGCCCAUGGUGAAGGAAAUAGCAUCGGAGUAUUACGACGACCUGCCUCAGUACACGUCCUGGGUGAGGGUCCUGUACGACUUCAUCAUGGAUGACACGCUAAGCCCGUACUCCCGGAUCAAGAGGAAGUUGAAGGGAGACGUCAAACAGGAGUAGCUUCUCUGAGCCUCCCUGAACUAAAGCUGCCCUGCUCACCUUUCUAACGGCAGAAUGAAUGAGUUUCUGUGAAUGUUCAGCUUGUACAAACAGGGUGAGUGUUGUUUGGAGGGGUCUGGGACAGACUGUACGCAGAAAAGAGGACAAUUUAAGAAUAAAUGAUGAGUCCAAACAAAGCAACAUAUGGUGCUGGACUGAGAAUUAAAGUAUUUGUACAGAGGUUUUGGUUGGAUCAAAAAAACAGAUUAUAUUCACUGUUCAGUUUAUUCCAGGUAUUUUGGAAGUGGGGUUGUGCAGCUGAACACUUUGUCACACUUUGCUUCAGUUUUCUGCACAGUAAUCCAUAAAUAUUAAACUGAUCCUAAAGUAAAAUAUGAAAACCAACUUCA